GUGGUAGUAAGCAGUGCGGCGAUGGCGACCGGCGGCAGUGAUCCCCGGGCUGGUGACGUGGAAGAGGAUGCCUCACAGCUUAUCUUUCCCAAAGAGUUUGAAACAGCAGAGACUCUUCUAAAUUCAGAAGUUCAUAUGCUUCUGGAGCAUCGAAAACAACAAAAUGAGAGUGCAGAGGAUGAGCAGGAACUCUCAGGAGUCUUCAUGAAAACUUUAAACUACACUUCCCGUUUCAGUCAUUUCAAAAAUAGAGAGACCACUGCAAGUGUCUGUAGCUUGCUGCUCCAGAAAAAGCUACAUAAGUUUGAGUUGGCUUGUUUGGCCAACCUUUGCCCAGAGACUGCUGAGGAGUCCAAGGCUCUGAUUCCAAGCCUGGAGGGGCGAUUUGAAGAUGAGGAACUGCAGCAGAUUCUUGAUGAUAUCCAGACAAAGCGCAGUUUCCAGUAUUAAUCUCCAAACUUCACUCAGCUUCUUGGGGGACUCAUGUCCCCAGCACACCACCACCCUCUCAGGGGC